ACACAAAGAAAGAUGGCGGUCGUUUCGUGGGGAUCGGUGAUUUUAGUCUUUUUGGGGCUCGAUUUAGCCCAAGGCCUCUAUUUCCACAUGGGAGAAACAGAAAAGAAGUGUUUCAUAGAGGAAAUUCCUGACGAAACAAUGGUUAUCGGUAAAUACAAAACGCAGUUAUACGAUGAAAAUGUGAGCGAUUUCCUUCCAUCCAGUCCUGGAAUAGGCAUGCAUGUUGAAGUGAAAGAUCCAAACAUGAAAGUUAUUUUAUCAAAAUAUUAUGCAUCAGAGGGAAGAUUCACUUUUACUUCUCAUUCACCUGGUGAACACCUUAUCUGCCUUCACUCAAAUUCUACUCGAUGGUCAUUGUGGGCAGGGGGAAAACUGCGCAUUCAUUUGGAUAUUCAAGUGGGUGAACACGCCAAUGAUUACCAAGAAAUUGCUGCCAAAGACAAACUUACAGAACUCCAGCUUCGUAUUCGUCAGUUGUUAGACCAAGUAGAGCAGAUAAGCAAAGAGCAGAACUAUCAAAGGUUUCGCGAGGAGCGAUUCAGAGCAACCAGUGAAAGUACCAACCAACGUGUCCUGUGGUGGGCUCUGGCACAAACCUUGAUACUCUUGGUCACUGGAUUCUGGCAGAUGCGUCAUCUGAAGGGAUUCUUCGAAGCAAAGAAACUAGUUUAAAGAAAUUAUUAAAGUUGUUUUAAUUUGGGCUGAAGGACAGGAUCCAUUGGGCUCUCUUUUACUGCUUCCUAUGUGGACAUCAUUUACAUGGCUUUGUACUGUCACAAGAUGAUAAAUUGCAUCAAAGAAGCCUCUAGAAAACAUCACAAAUGAAUUUAAAUCGUAUAAUUUCAUUUUUGUUUCUAUCUGAUAGUAAUCUGUAAUUGCUUGCAUAAAAGAACUUUUCCUAGGCCAAGUUUACUUACUCCACACGUGUCUUGAUUCAUCUCUUUGGCCUUUCUUUUUGGGCCCAAACAUGAGCUAAGUAUUUGUCUAUUUUUUCAUCACCCUGCUGGUACAAUCUGGUUAUGUUGGCCUGUGAUGAAUGGUCAGACAAAGUAAGUUAUGCUGUGUCUAAGUUGUUAAGGAAUCUUUCUUAGAGUAUCACUCUUGGAACUAGAAAAAUUGGGACUUGGAAAAUUGUUUGCUUAAUAGAGGUGUUGUUUAGUGUAGCUGGCAGUGAUCAAAGGUCACAGGAAAUUUUUUUUGUCUACUUGGGACCAAAAUUUGUAGGGGGUUUGAAGGAGCCCCUUGGAGGUAUCCCAAAAGAGGGGUGUCACUUGAUCAAGUGCUUUGAGUUCAGUCUCUAUUUAAUUGCAGCUAACCCUUAAAUUUGUUGAAGUAACUUUUCCUUGCAAUGAGAAUGCAAAAUUAGGCAAACAGGGAUAAAAAAAAAUAAAAGCUUACCAAAUAAAGAGUUACACUGAUGUUUGGAAAACGUUCCUCAACAAAGUUACAGAGAAAUAGCACUGAUUUGUCAAAAUGCAGACAACUACAGGGAUUCUCCAUCCUUUGGGCCAGAUCUGUGAUGGCUAUUUUUGGCAUUGAAGAGUGUAGUUUGUAGCAGAAUGUUCCUCAGCUUAUGGCCAUAUUCUCUUUAAGUUGUUUCCUCACAGAUUAUAUCUGUUUUCCACUAACUGACAAGAAAUCUUUGAUUGUCAUGAUUUUGGUUUUCAAUUUUUUUUUUAAUUUAAACUUAGUAGUCUUAACCUGAGAUAAUUUUUCAUAAGAUUUCAAAUAUUUUACCCCAAGAUGCUGUCACAUUUCUUAAGAAAGGAAUAAAAUUCAUGAUGUAAUGUAG